GCCUGGAAAAUUGUUGGUUCACCUGGAACUCCGCGGAAGCCUCCACUGGAACAAACAUGGAAGCGGUUCUGCGUGACGUGAGCCUGAAAGUGGAGCCUGGGUCGCUGGUUGGCCUCGUAGGCUCCGUGGGAAGCGGGAAAUCAUCACUGCUGACUGCACUUCAGGGCGACGUGCAUAAAAUAAGGGGCCUCUGCAGGGUGAAGGGCCCCAUAGCCUGCGUACCACAGAGCGCGUGCAUCUACAACAUGUCAAUCAGGGACAACAUCUUGUUCGGUAAACCUCUCGACGUGUUGCUCUACGAGCGGGUGCUGUCUGCUUGCGACCUGCUGAAAGACCUAGCCGGAUUUCCUGCUGGAGACCUUACGGAGGUUGGACAAAAGGGUGCAACGCUGAGCGGUGGACAGAAGCAGAGAAUAGCCCUCGCCAGAGCGGUCUACAGUGAGAGGAGCGUCUACCUUCUCGACGACACACUCAGUGCGCUGGACGUGCAUGUGGCGUCGAAGGUUUUUCACAGAGUGAUUGGUAGACACGGAAUGCUCCGAAAAAAGACGAGGCUCAUUGCGUGCACACAGUCUCGAUACCUUGAGCAGAUGGAUAGGAUACUACUUGUUGCUGACAAACAGAUUGCGUCUUUUCAAACUGUGAAGGAACUUGUCAACGACCCGAGAUGCCCUAAGAUGAUUUGCAGUGACGACAAAACGAAAGACAGACACUCGGAUGUGAAUCACAAGGCAAUGCCACUGAAUCAAGAUAAAAAAGGGCCUGCACAUAUACUCACAGAUGAUGAAGUCGAAACGUCAAACUUGAAAACUACAGACCUACUCUUAUCUAUUGUGCGGAUAUGCGGACCCUCACUCGCUUUGUGCUGCUCGAGCUUCAUGCUCCGUGCAUGUGCCGUGGGCACAUAUUUGGUCUGGAUGAAGCAGUGGACAGAUGCAAGCAACAGCCAGUGGAAUACGUCCAUGUGGGUUGGAGGCCUGGCUGCUAUAUGCUUCUGUGAUGUGCUGUUUGGUUGUCUGGGGACCUUCACCCUCGCUGUGAGCCAGCGCAACCUGUCCUACCGCCUGCACAAAGCGAUGAUCCGCAGCGUCCUAGGAAGUUCUGUGGGCUUCUUCGAUGCGACCCCGAGGGGUCGUGUGCUCAACCGCCUUUCCACUGAACUGGACUGCAUCGACUCGCGUCUUUUUCUGGGCUGCAAGCAGCUGCUGCAAUCGCUCACUGCAGGGAUCGCGAGGAUUAUCGUCACUGGACUACUGCUGCCGACGGCAGCAGUUAUGGCAGCUUUGGCUGUCACAUUCUACCUAUUUACAAUGGUGAUUGUGGCCAAAGCCUCGAAUGCGGCGCGCCGGUUGGAGAGCGUCCAGGUAUCGCGCCUUCUACAUCAUGUGGCCGAGACACGUGACACGCUGAGCGUGGUCCGCUCAUAUGGCGUCGAGGACCGCUUCUGCGCACAUUGCUACCGGCUCGUGGACGCGGCGAUGACGGCGCUGUUGACGCUGGUGGACUGCCUUCGUUGUUCCCGCUUCCUCGGUGGACUGUGCGGCUUUGUCGUCAUCCUUGCAUCAGUCGUUUUUGCCAUUCUUCCUCCGGGGCGCAGUCAGAACGUUGCUGCGGAUGCAAGCUCGGUGGGACUUGCACUUAGUUCAUCUAUGGGGGUGGGCAUUGUCGGCCGCACUGGCGCAGGCAAGUCGUCGCUGCUAAUGGCUGUUCUGAGGGUCCUGAACGCAUCUGCUGGAAGCAUCCGCAUCGAUAAUGUCGACAUAUCGUCGGUGUCGCUGCGCCGGCUACGAUCUGUUGUCACCAUCAUCCCGCAGGACCCUUGCUUGACACGAGGCUCGCUGCGGGACGUUUUGGAUCCGACUGGCAGCCACUCGGACAGCGACGUGUGGCGUGUACUUGGGCAAGCGCACCUGACCGAAUUCGUCACACGCCAUUCCAUGAACCUUCGAAUGGACGUAGGGGAUGGUGGCAACAAUCUCAGUGCCGGCCAGCGACAGCUCGUGUGCCUCGCGAGGGCCCUGCUGCGGCAACCCCGUGUGCUGCUAAUGGAUGAGGCCACGUCGCAUAUGGACGACGACACUGACAGGAUCGUGCAGGCUACGCUACGGCAGAGUUUCGCCCAUUGCACCGUACUUACGAUCGCGCACAGGCUCGAGACUGUACUAGACUACGACAAGAUCCUGGUGAUGUCCAAAGGUCGCGUAAUGGAGUUCGCUUCCACGCAGAAGCUGGCCUCUAAUCGAAAUUCCGCAUUCCACGCUAUGCUGCGCCAAGCUGGUCUGGUACCGAACUGCGAUUCGCGAGUUUAUGAUGAGUUACCUGGUCACAACACUCGUUUGUGAGCGCCGCGAGAACUGCUGCUUGUACAUAGUGAAAUAUCACAUUUGUGCCGAUACAUUUGUUUAGCACGCCCUGAGGGUCAUAACACUGUCAUUGUGCGGAAUAACUUUAUUACAAUGGUAAGACCUUUCGUUCAGGCGAAAUAAAUUGC